GAGGGGAGGGAUGGAGAACGUCCCCAUGCUUGAUAACAGGCCGUUUUGAUACGAUUUACCAAAACUCUACCGAUACUGGUAACCCAUCUUUGCGGCGUUUUCGCCAACGCUAUGUAUGUAGUACGAUGAAGUUAACCGAAGGUUCAUUUGUGUCAUAUAUGUUGUGUACCACACGUUGGGUACCCUGUGCGGGAGCGCGGUUACUUAGCGGGCCAGAGUGUUCUCCAGCUGUAUGAACAGGCUCGUUGAUUAUAUGCUAAAUAAAGGUUCAUUCACACCUUCCUACAUACUCAACAAUUUGUACUUCAGCGCUAUGUAUGCAAUACGAUGAAGUUAACCGAAGGUUUAAUUUUAUUCUAGCAAUGAUGACGACAGGAAUGAUAAUCAUAUCAAGAUCCCCAAAAAGAAAAAGGAAAAAAAAAUCCCUCGUAAAAUCGUAAAAAGUGCUAGUUAACCUAGCAAAAAGGGGAAAAGAAAAUACAGAAACAAAUGUGUAAAGCAUAAACCUUUGUUUUUAUGGUAAUUUUGAUACCUCUUCACAUAAAUGGUAACUCAAGAUUGAAUGUAAACAAAGAAGCUAUAGGAAGCAUAAAUAGAGAUGAUUAGAAAAUAAUCGUGAGAGGAUAAUUCAAUGUUUUUCCUUGUUUGUCUUCACCUGAAUUAUGAUUACCUUCACCUAACUUGGGGAAACAACACCAGCGAUGGUGGUAUACACAGAACCUAAGUGUUGAAUAAAGCACGUAUUCGCACCAAAACUGGUUGCAUUUUGUUCCUUUAGCGCCAGCUCUGUUCUUACGCGUUAAUUAUAUCACCACUUUCUUGUACCACUUUCAAACCACGCGUUUAAGUAACUCUAACCCAGAGUGCAAUUAUUCUACAGCCCGUGGCCUACUUAACAUAAAAAAACUAUGACAUCGUUAUGAGCCAAUAGCGCGCAUUUUAUUGACUUUGGGAAAAAAAGCGAUGCUGCUAUACACGACCUGCUAACGGCACUCCAGUAUUAGUCACCCCGUUGCAAGCCGCGCGAAUAGCGCGCCGUGGACCCGUGCCCUGUGCCCCGAGACGAGAGGCGUAACGCUUUACAAGCUAGUUAUUCGUGACUGACCUUAUGAAGUCAUUCUACUCUCUAAAUUGACGCUUGUGAUUCCUGUUUUUCCCAUUUCCAUAGAGAAAUAAUUUUUAAAAGGUUAUAUCUCCCAGACAAUGCUCAGGCCGGAUGGGCUUGGCAGCUUCAAAUACUAGAAUAAGCGUCAGGCGAUAUGGCGACCAACCUCGCAUCACUCUGGGCUCUUCUUCUGAUUGUAGCGUCUAUUUGUCAUGCAAAACACAUCUCGUUAAAUACGACCAAGCCAAGUCUAAAUGAAGACAAACACGUCUCGUCAAACACGAGCAAACAAAGUCUAAAUGAUGAAAAAUACGUCCCGGAAAAACACGUCUCGCUAACAACAACCAAUCCAAGUCCACACGACAAGCGAAGCGAUCUACCAGGCGUGGCUACAGACAAGGGGGAACACUUAUGGUGGGUCAGCCAGUACACUGGAACGGGGUCCAGGCAAACGCAGACGCCGAUAGACACAGCGGGAACCACUCGAGAUCUGCAGUGGCUUCUACGUCACACGGGGAGUGGCCCAGCCCAGCCCUCCUCCAUCACCCGUCUCCCCAAAGACGACGACUCCAUGGAAGAGUUAGUCGACAAGCCUGCACCCAUGUUCCCCAUGAGAAGCGCUACACAGCGAGCCAGCAAGAAAGAUUAUCGGGGAAGAGGAAGGAGUCACGGUAUUAACGCGCAACUUCUCGCCGCAGUAAACAACGCCUACCAGCCAGCGCAGCCCGCACAACCUGUAUACGACCAAGCUAAUGAGGACGGUAAGCCCGCACGACCUUUAUACGACCAAGCUAGUGAGGACGACAUUGCUAUCAAGGAAGGGAUGCUUGCGCAUAACAGCUUUCGGUUGCUGCACCACGUACAACCACUACAAUGGAACGAAACACUGGCAGAUGAGGCACAGAGGAUCGCCAAAACCAUCGCUAACGACCCGGAGUCUUUCCAGGGGGAGUCCCCAGGGGAAAACAUCGCGCAGAUCUGGCACGACUUCCCUCACGCCCCGUUAAAGGCCUCCAACAUCUGGUACAGUGAGAGGAAGGACUACAGCUUUGCUUACCCGACAUACUCAGACAAGACGCGACACUUCAGUCAGAUGGUGUGGAAAGGGACCUCGCAAGUUGGGCUAGGGCUAGCGAUGAGCCCGUCUGAGAAGUACAAGAUUGUAGUGGCGCUUUAUUGGCCGCUGGGGAAUGACCCGCAUCCCAAGGAACUCGUGAAGAACAUCCCUAAGCCCGGCGGGGGUCCUGACGUGUACGCAACUCUCAAGUGGAGAAUAUCAAGACCGAUAAAUACGGACCAGAACAACCUGCAACCUCAACAACCUGACCAACCUAGCCUGCAACCCGACCAAUAAUCCGAGCAGUAACUCAACAAGAAGCCUUAUCAGCCAAGCCUUCUACCAUAUUAUCUUCACCAAUAAAACGGCCCACCAAACUUCCAGCACGUAUCAGUAUAAGCCAAAAUGAAAUACAAGCUAUGAAAGACGAAGCCCGAAUUCUAAAAUGAAAACGGAGGUUAGACUUUGUCGACAACUCAUCUUUCUCAAAUGUUAGUAUCUGUGUUAUGUUAAGCAUAAUUGAUUGAGAUAUGAUAAGUGUGACAUACAAAGAGUGAAUAAAAUGACAAAUGAACCGAA